AUGAACACUCUCGUCAAAAGACCGACCUUUAGAAUUUCCGAUGCUUUUGUUCCGGAUGAAAAUGCGGAUAUUGUCCUGAUUCGACUGGCGAUGUCGAUUGAUUUCAAAAAGACAAACUCGGGGGUCGUCUGUUUGCCGCCAGAUGGACAUAGAGAGCAUCAAGAACAGCAUUUUUAUAAAGUCAAUUGCUACUCGGCCGGGUUUGGGUUUCUUGGAAUGAAUCCGAUCACCCCCGCCAAAUAUCUUCAGGAAGCGCCGUUCCCCGUCACUAGCUGUAAGAUUUACAGUACGAUCAUCAAGGACGACAUUUCCAACUUGAACCUUCUCUGCUCGAGGCAAGACAAAGACGGCUCUCACGCUCUCUGCCGGGGCGAUUCUGGCGGCCCUUUGUUGUGCAUCACCGAUAUUUCCCCAAUGCUCGUCGGGGUCGCUAGAACUUCGACAGGAUGCGAGCGGCAGCGGUUUUUCGGACAUUCGACUUUCACCAACGUCGUUUUUUGGAACCACUGGAUUCGCGAAACAAUCAAGGAUCGAGAAGACUCAAUCGUCUGCUUUGAGCCGUUCAGAAUGGCGAAAAUCACGAAACAUGCGCUAGAAUUUCUAGAGCUAAGGGACGUCAAUGCGAAUAGAUUGAUGAGGCUGAAUGUGAACAAAGGAUCAGUUGAAGAAUCAGUCGUUUAUUGUAAAAAUCAAUGCGAGCGAUCAGCGGGCUGUGUUCAGUUUCUCGUCCUUGGAACAAAAAUUUGCUUCAUUAUUCUUCCUUCUGUCACAGAAACGGGCAAGUUUCGCAGCGCACUGUCCUCGGUCAAUGUCAAACAAGGGCUGGAGAUGUGGCAUGGAAGGAUUCAACGGACGAAUUCGGAUGGGAAAUCGAGCGAAUGCGGCGUUAAAAAGUACACCAUGGAAUACCUCAACACCUACGAUACCAACUGGGGCGCAUUUAGGCGAAUAUUCGUCAAGCAAUACAGUAUCACUUACCGCUACAGAGUCAAUCAGCUGGAAAAUAAGUCAACAGAAAUUGAAAUCGACAUGUACACAUUGUAUCGAAAAAGCGGCGCAGAGCCGAAUUUCGACUACUUGACGGAGCGUACAAACUCUGAACUGGCAAAUUUCAUCGUUAACAAGAUCGAUCUUCCAUCAGCCACGGAUAUUGGUGUUUACUUAUCAAGAGUUCUCAGCUCGUAUAUAAUGACGAUCAAUUUUGAAGAAUCCAUGAGCGUUUUUGGCGUCAAUACUCCUGUUCAAUGCAACAAUAUGUUCUCCACGUGCAACUGCGCCGACGGCUACGUCCACAUCGACAAUUUAUGCGUCGACAUCAACCAAUGCGCCAAAUUCACCUCCCUCUGCGGCGGUUCAGAAUGCAUCAACACUCCUGGAAGCUACCACUGCAGAAACACAGAGAUUUUCCAGCGACGAGCGACGAGCUUGGAAAAUCAUCAAUUUCAUAAAGAUACGCGAAUAUGGCGCCUCUACGAAAAAAGGCUUUUAAACGGCAGAGGAAGAUGUAUAAGCAGGGACCGCCCCGCUAAUCAGACUUUCUUUGAGAAGCUGAUGAAUAUCAACGAUUCAGUGAAAUUACUCAAAGCCAUGAAGGAUAAAAUCGACAAGAUCUACAAAUUCUGCAGCGCGAAAAAGCGAAAAAACGUCAACUACUCCUUCGAGAAAGCCUUUUCAAAACUCAUCAAAAGAUAG